AUGGGGUCUACCCACCACCUCAAUCAUCACCGAACCAAAUACAAUGGUAAUUGUAAUGAUAGCUACGACAGGAAUAUGGAUUACGAUGUUCUGAUCAUUGGCGGCGGCUUUGGGGGAUGCUACGCCUUACAUCAGCUGCGUAAGUCGGGCUUUUCGGCACACCUUGUGGAAGCCGGAUCGGCCCUUGGCGGCCUUUCGUUGCGGGAAGUCUGGAAAGACUGGACAUGGUCGCAACGCUUUCCGGGGCACGAGGAGCUGAAGAGAUACUUCACACACGUCGACAAAGUUCUUGACAUUUCUAAGGACGUGUCCUACAAUACUGUUGUGGUUGGGGCCGACUUCGAUAUAGCGACAGCCAAGUGGAUCGUCGAGACCGAUACAGGACGAAUCAUCACGUCACGAUUCUUGAUUCCAGCGACAGGCAGUUCAAUUAAACGAUAUGAGCCCGAAUUCGCAGGAAAGAGUUCCUUCAAAGGCAUAGUGGUACACCCCGCAGCAUGGCCUGAUUCCGGCAUUGAUCUUGAGAAUAAACGAGUCGCCAUUAUUGGAUCAGGGGCAACAGGAGUUCAAUGCGUGCAAGAAAUUGCCAAACAGCCUGGUGUGGAGCUGACAGUCUACGUACGAAAUGUCAACAUUGCACUCCCCAUGCGUCAACGCGAAAUCUCGGAACUGGAGCAGGACAGCUUGAAAGCGAUAUACAAGACACUCUUUAGGUUGGCGAGGGACAGUAGUGCCGGGCUACCUUGCGAUGGACCUACCCAGGUUACAAAGGAGACAACAACGGAAGAAAGGGAGGCUUGGUGGGAGGAGCUAUGGAAGAGAGGGGCCUUCAACUUCCAAACAGGCCAGUAUACGGACUUCUUGAUGGAUGCGGAAGCAAAUCGUUUGAUUUACGAGUUUUGGUCAAAGAAAACCAAAUGCCGGCUACAGGAUCCGGAAAAACGAGCCAUCUUGGUGCCUGACGAACAACCUUUCCCGUUUGGAACAAAACGAAGCAGCCUGGAGCAGGAUUAUUACGAAUGCAUGGACCAGGAUAAUGUGGAAGUGGUGGAUGUGAAGAAGACGGGCAUCCGCGAAUGGACAUCGCGUGGUAUCGUGACUGAAGAUGGGAAGAAGAGAGAGCAUGACAUCGUUGUGCUAGCGACGGGGUACGACACUCCUACGGCUUUGACGAACGCGCCGGUGUUCAUCGAGCAGCAAGUCGAUUUCAUCACAGACUUCCUAGUGAAACUACGCACGGAAAACGUCACAUCCAUCGAGCCACGCCGUUCGGCUGAAGAGCACUGGAAGGAAAAGGUACAGGCAAUACACGAGGCACUGCUGUUUAGCCAGAGUGAUACAUCCUGGUACGUAGGAGGCAACAUUCCCGGCAAGAAGAAGGAACAGCUCAACUAUCUUGGUGGUAUUUCUCAAUAUCUUGAAGAAUGCCGCAAAGGCACCAAGGACUGGUCCAAUUUCGAUGUUGUAUUGGGACUUGGAAGCGCGGCCUGA